AUGUUUACAUUUCAUAUUGGUCACGUGAUUACAAAAUCCAGUGGUUCCUCUAUAAAAGAGGUGGUCCACGGUAUUAGUUCCAUAAAUCAUCCGGCAAUAUGGGACGUAGGAAAGACAGAAGCCGAGAAAGCCACUAUUAUAAAAGAAAUUGCAAAGGGCAAAACAACCAAAUCAAUUGCUGAAAGAAUAAAUCGCCAUGCGGUCACAGUGACAAGAUUUUUGCAAAAUCCUUCAAAGAGGAAACCUCCUUCUGAUCGCGGCGUUAGAAAAUCAGUGUCAAAGCGGGAUAUGUAUCGCCUGAGAAGAAACCUACGUAAAAUGCCAGGAGCAACAAGUGAAAGAAAAACCACCGGAAAUCGUAUCCUUGGGAAGCUAGAUUCCAUCAAGACUAUGAUUAAAAGGUCUUCCCUGACACCUAGGCACAAACGUUUGCGGAUGGAAUGGUCAAGAAAGUACACGAGGACCGACAUGAAGUUUCUUCUUUUUACUGACGAGUCGAGAGCGUCACUAGAUGGUCCUGAUGGCUGGGCUAAAGGAUGUGUUUUCAAUGGUGAUAAUUGUCCUAACAGGAUGAAACGUCAACAACGUGGUGGUGGGGUUAUGGUUUGGGGCGGAAUCAUUGGAAAUGCUAUCAUUGGUCCCUGA